GCGUGUGUGACCCGAUGGUGACAUCCUCUCUUGUGGAGCUGCCAUCAGAGGCCUCAUCAGCUGCAGCACCAACCCACUCAGGGCACGUUAACUCCUCCUCUGGCAUUCUGCCACUGGCCUUGUAAAUCCUGGCAGGCAAAAAUCCCGUGGCCAGGCUGAUGGAAAAGUGGCAAGCACCAGAGCAUCAGCAGGACAGCUUUCUGCAAAGGCACAGCCUCCCCCUCAGUCAGACACUGGGGCAAACUGGGCUUGCUUUUAGCCUGGUGACUGCUGAGGCCACUGCAAGGGAGACUGGGCCCUCGGUAUCCAGGAGAAAUGUGUAAGAAGCAGGUGUGCUGGUGUUUUGUUCCUGGAAGAAGUGGCUGGGUAUAAUGUGUCGAGCCUGGGAGUGAAAUGAACUGUAAGGUGCUUUCAGAACCAGUGGAAGACCGAAUUAGUUUCAUUAUCUGUGGAUGUUUUAAGCAAAGCAUCAAGCAUUGGAAAUAAAGCUGGGACUGGAUGGGAUGGAUUGGAUUGAGUCAGCACAAAGAUUCCUGAGACAGAGCUCCAGAGCUGCUGCUGCUGCUGGAGAAGGUGAAAAGGUGUUAAGGAGAGGAGUUAUAAGGAACCAGAGUGGUUUGUUGGUCUCCACCUAAAGAGCAGUAACACCUAUAGAACAUAAGGAGAAGAGAAGCAGCUAAAAAAUGGGCAGACAGUCCCUGAAGCUGUUUUGAUACUCAAGCAGAAUCCCCGAGAUGGGAGAGGGAUGGAAUUGAAUCUCCUGAAAACGUUCAGCAACAGCUUAAGGAGUACAGAGCAAAACUUCUGCAGUAUUGUGGCCUGCAAUAACCUUUCAAAGAGCUGGCACAGCUUUGGGGAACUGUGUUAGUUCCCAGGUGUGACUUACUUCGUGGGCUCAGCAGGACUGGCUGCCUGGCUGUGGAGGUCUUCAUGCUCAGCUUCUCUGCAUGUCUGUACCAGCUUUAGGGAAGAGUUUUGAAGUGGCACUGGUACACCUGGGCUCCAUCUACAGCUGGGUGAUGUGACCCCUGCUGUCAUGAAUCCUCUCUCACAGCCACGCUCUGUUCCUUUGGCAGAAGCAAUAUGCUGGGCCAUAUCAGACAUGAAUGCACAUCAUGUGGUGGUCACUCAGGAAACUUUAAUGGAGCAGUUAGUGAAAAAUUAUCCAGGCAUUGCAGUGCCCUCCCACAAUGAAUUAUAUAAUAUCCUUGGCACUCUAAUUAAGGAAAGAAAAAUCUAUCAUACAGGAGAAGGAUAUUUCAUUGUGACUCCCAACACUUAUUUUAUCACCAAUGAUGCCACAGAAGACAGCAGAAGGAUCCUGCUGGAGGACAGCUGUUGCUGUUCAUCACCUUCCAUCACUGACCUGGUAAACAUUAAGGCCUGUGCAGACCUAGUGAAAGAAAGCAUUCCUACAGUACCCUGUUACAGAUCCUGCCAUUGCUUCCCUGACCAAAACAUGCCCUGUGAACAAAGGCAAGGGCAGGGGAUGAGCCAUGGAUCUACUGGAGAGGAACAGAGAGGCUGCAGUGAAUUGAAGCCUUCAAUUCAAACUCAAGGCCUCUCUGCAUCUGCUGAGAACCAUUCCUGGGACACCAUCAAAUCCUUGAUAUCUGUGAAAGCAAAACUGAAAAGCAAAAUGUUUGGCCUUGGCCUUUUCUGGAGAAGUGGCUCUAAGAAACAAAAACACAAGAAGGAGUACUCCACUUUUUCAGGCCAGUUUCCUCCCCAGGAGUGGCCAGUCAGGGAUGAAGAUGACUUGAACAACAUGCCACGUGAUAUUGAACAUGAAAUCAUCAAGCGUAUUAACCCCACUCUCACAGUUGAUAAUUUGAUUAAACACACAAUAUUAAUGCAGAAGUUUGAGGAGCAGAAAAAAUGUAGCAGUAAAGAGAAAAAACACAUCAGUAAUGGUACCUCGGCUGAAGUGCCAACACUCAGGCAAAACCAUCUUUCAAAGGAUUGUAUUCAAAGGGCAUCAAGUAAAACAGCAAAACACACCAGGAAAAACAAAUCAAAGAGGGAAAAGCAGAUGAGCAGGAGCAGCAGGAAAUCUCACAGACAGAAGCUAACAUCCCAAAACAUGAAACUGGAAGAGAGCUUUUCACUGCCCAUCAAAACCCAAGGGCCACCUGCUGCAGCAGUGGAAUCCCAGGUGAUAUACAAGAAGCAGAUCAGGAAUCCUUUCCAGGGUCUGCCAUGGAGACCUUGCAGCUUUCCUGCCAGAGGGCACCAAGGUGGUGCUAACAGCCAGCUGAAGUGCCAGACUCAAAAGGGAGGAAGGGUUUACCAAAGGCCACAGUCCUUGGCCUCCUCAGGACCCUUUGGCUGUGAAACUGAAAGGCUGGGUGCAGAAAGUGAGGCUGGCAAAGCUAAGCCAAACAACCUACUCCAUGCUAAUAGGUCUGACCUUCAACUAAAGAAAGACAGUCUCAGUGAAAAUGGUAGUUAUCCACAAGGCAGUAAUCUGCAAAUAGAUAACAGAAGUAGAUACUUCCUGGAGAGUAAUAUUUCCGAAGAAAAUGUCUAUAAAAGAACAGUAAAAAAAAAAUCCCCUUGCUCCUACAUUGAAGAUAAUGGUGUGUGCCAAGAGGAUGCAAAAUUUCCAUCCUCCCUGAAAGAUGAGCACUGCAGAUGCAAAGCAGCCACUGUAGGUGAGCUCUUAGAUCAAACAGCCAGUGACUUUCAAAAUGUCCACCUUUCAAAUUACACAGCCAGUGUUAAUCUCACCCCCAAAAAUGGUGUGAAAUACAGACCAAAGACUGAUAAAAAGAGUGAACUUAUAUUUAACCAUGAGUGUGCCAGCCAUCCUGGAUCAAGGGAGCUGGAAAGGGAAGGGUUUACUGCUAACUCCCAUCUUCUGUACCAAAAGGGACAUGAUGGUGACACCUGUCCCUUGUCACAUCUGCAUGAGAAUUCUGAACAGCUGCCCCCUGGCCAUGCCUUGUCAGCCACAGGAGACUGGAGCACAGCUGUGUCCCUAAAAGCCUCCGAGGUCAGUACCUGCCCUGCCCAGCAGGACACAACUGUAAAUAAAUGUGAAAUGAGACAUAAGGGAAGUGCCAGCCUUGCAGAUGGCUCCAAGGAGCACCCUAAACCAGCCAGCACAGAGGAAAGCUGGCUGUGCAGUCAGGUUCUUCUGAAAGGCCACAGAAAGGAUGAAGGAACUGGCCUGAGUGAAUGUGGGAAGGGCUCAGCUGGGGCAGAGUGCUGCCAGGCUGGCUCUGAUGCUGGCACUCUGCAGAACUUCACCCCGGAGGUGGGAGAAGGAGCAGCACGCUGUGCUUUGGGCUCAGGGAUCAAAGGAGUGAGGAACCCCCCAGGACAAAAAGAGCACUUUGUAAAGAGUACAUGUCCUGUGAGCCCAGAACAGAAACACCCAGAAGGGACAGAAAACCACAGCAAUACAGGAGACAGUGGAAUUGACUCCCCAAGGUGGACUGAAAAGAAGAUGAACCUUCCUGCCAAAUUCUAAAAGUAACAAUGCAAGAAGGAGGACAAGUGAAAGGACAAUUGCAACAAAAUUCGUCUAGCUCUGGUUGUGAAUGUUUGCUUAUUUUUUUAAUGAGAUGGGUAAACUUUCCCCUUGUAACAAGGUAACCAUAGUGUAAAUGUAGCUGGUCACAUCAGCGAGGCAGUCCCUAAAUCAAAGCUGUUAGUUAAAACUUUUGGCAGUAGAGGUUGGAGAGGUCAUGUGUGUUCUGUUUGCCCUCAUCUUGAAUUAUUUUUUGUGCGUCCCUGUGAUAAUAAAAGUGAGAACUGGCAUUCUUCA